GGGGGCGGGCUCUCGGCUUCCUUUCUCCUGGUUUUGCCUGGGGAGAGCUGAGGGCCUGGAACCGUGCGGCCCGGGCCGCACGUGGGGAAGGGCGGGGUCCCGGCAGCCAGCUUGUCAGCGGGAAGCGCCCGCUCCGGGCCCCGAGAUGACUGCUGGGCCGAGCUGUUCGGCAGGAUCCAGGCCUGGUUACCGUGGACGCAGACCGUUGGGACCCUCCCUCGCGUCCGAGCGCUGCGUGCCCCAGAGCAGCCACCUGCCGGCUGCCGGGCCGGCCCCCGCGCCGGGCCGUUGGCGGUGUGCACCUCUGCCCUGUGCCGUUCAGGCCGACGGCAGAGGGCCCGCCUUCACCAGCUGCUGUGUGUGGUGCCCUCCUGGAAAUGACGCCCGAAUCCCUUCCCAACCCGGGACCCGGCUCUCCCCUGCGUUUCUUUGCUCCUAGAGACAGAAAAGUUCUGCUGGCUCUCUGACUUGAAAGGCACAGUUUCUAUCAUUUGUGGCCAGUUCUUCGUCUUAAGUCACUACGGUCCGAUUCAUCCAUGACCUUUCUUCUACUUCAGUAACGGUCCUGAACUUUGCAAGAGUCUCACUGUAGACAUCUUGCAGAAGCAUUUCACAGGAAAGAGGAGAAUACUAUUUCUGAAGAGAAUGGAAAGGAACAUCUUGCCAGAAAGAUCAGCCUUGUGAGGAUCUGCACAAAGCAAGCUGAGGGCUUUAGCCUCAGCCCCAGCCAUGUGGACAGCGGAUGAGAUUGCUCAGCUGUGCUAUGAGCACUACCAUGUUAGGCUGCCUAAGCAGGGCAAGCCUGAGCCCAAUCGUGAAUGGACAUUGUUGGCAGCCGUGGUGAAGAUACAGUUUACAGCUGACCAGGCUUGUGGCAUUUCUGAUAAGGCAAUACAAGUGACAAAGGAAGUUGUCUCAAUGGGAACAGGAACCAAAUGCAUAGGCCAGUCCAAAAUGAGGAAGAGCGGAGACAUCCUCAAUGAUAGCCACGCUGAAGUCAUAGCCAGGAGGGGUUUCCUACGGUACCUUCUCCAUCAGCUCCAGUUGGCAGCCACUCUGGAAAAGGACAGCAUCUUUAUCCCAGGAACUUACAAAGGGCUGUGGAAACUCAGACCAGAUCUCUCUUUUGUAUUUUUCUCCAGCCACACACCCUGUGGAGACGCCUCCAUCAUUCCAAUGCUUGAGUUUGAAGAACAGCCUUGCUGCCCUGUCACCAUCAGCUCAUCUGCAGGAGCCAGUGGUGACUUGGAGGCUCUUGAAGACAAAGGAGAUUGUGAUGACACUGGCAGUCCUGUAGCCAAGAAGAUGAGACUUGAAACUCCUUCCAACUUGGUCAUGAAUGGGACCGCUCACUGUGACAAGCAGGAACGGCAUCCAGUCACGCCGGAGGUCAGCAACUGGAACCUCACUGUGCAGGGACUGGCCACUGUGAAAACUAAAAUGCCCCGUGACAUCACAGUGGUGGAUGUUCAUAGAACUGGGGCCAAGUGUGUCCCCGGAGAAGCCAGGGACCCAGGGAAGCCAGGUGCCGCAUACCACCAGGUGGGGCUGCUGCGAGUGAAGCCAGGCCGAGGGGACAGGACGUGCUCCAUGUCUUGCAGUGACAAGAUGGCCCGGUGGAAUGUCCUUGGAUGUCAGGGCGCACUGUUGAUGCACUUUCUGGAAGAGCCCAUCUACCUGUCAGCUUUGGUGAUUGGGAAGUGCCCAUACAGCCUGGAAGCCAUGCAGAGAGCCCUGACUGGGAGGUGUCAGAAUGUCUCGGCUUUACCCAAAGGCUUUAGAGUUCAAGAACUGAAAACACAGCAGUCAGAUUUACUGUUUGAACAGAGCCGCUGUGCAGUGCAGGCAAAUAGGCUGGAUGGUCCAGGCCGGCUUGUGCCUUGUGGGGCAGCAAUUAGCUGGAGUGCCGUUCCUGAGCAUCCACUGGACGUAACGGCCAACGGCUUUCCCCAAGGAACAACGAAGAAAGGAAUUGGAAGCCUUCAGGCCAGAUCCAGAAUCAGCAAAGUGGAACUCUUUAGAUCAUUCCUGAAGCUUCUAAGCAGCAUUGCAGAGGACAUGCAGCCAGACUCCCUCAGGGGGCAGAAGCUGGACACCUACCAGGAGUAUAAAGAGGCUGCAUCCACUUACCAGGAAGCCUGGAGCACACUCCGAAAGCAGGCAUUUGGAUUCUGGAUCAAAAAUCCACCAGACUAUCACCAAUUCAAAUGAAUAGGAAAAGUUUUCCAGCCGAUUUAUACCUGUAAUCCUAGCCAUUCAGGAGGUGGAGAUCAAGAAGAUCAGAAGCAGUUCAAGGUCAGCCUGAGUAAUAAGGUUCUGAGACACCAUCUCAACCAAUAAAAGCUAUAUGGUAGUGCGCACUUCAUCCCAGGAUAUAGAGGAGUCCAGGCCAGCUUAAUCGUGAGACACAAAAAAAUGCUGCGAACACAUCCAUGUGGUAGAGCUCCUUCCUAGCAAAUGCAAGGCCCUGAGUUCAAACCCCAGCAUCACCAAAAAAAAGUCUGCAGGCUUGCUGGUAGCAGGAGCUUCAUUCUGGACAACCAUAAGCCUUUCUGUUGACUAAAUCAAGAAAACAUUAGGCUAGGCACAUUUUACUAUUGCUUGGUAUUUGACUUCGAUUAUGUUUUAUUGCUUCUCUAAAAUAUAGAAUUUGGAAUAUGAUA